AUGGUCAACUAUGACCCAUAUGUUGUUCAGAGAAGAGAUGCUAGUGGAAGAGUAGGCUUAUCCACUGAACAAAAGCUGACAUAUGCCAUGAGGAUGCUCGCAUGGGCAGGGCAGUAUACUGGCCACAAAGGGAAACCGAAAAUCAUCUUGGAGGCAGUGGCCUCCUACGAUACUUGUAUUUGGCACGCCUUCUUCGGACUUCUAGGUUCCCUGAAUGAUAUUAAUGUCCUUGGAUGUUCACUGUUGUUCAAUGACAUAUGCCUUGGUGAAACUCCUCAAGUGAACUACCAGCUAGGUAAUAGGCGUUAUGGCCAAUGUUAUUACCUAGUUGAUGGCCUAUACCCUAAAUGGGGGUCAUUUGUACAAGCAAUCCGAAACCCGAGGACGCCGCAGACACAACAUUUUACAAGGAUGCAGGAAGCAUACAUAAAAGACGUGGAGAGAGUAUUUGAUAUUCUCCAAGCUCAUUGGGCAAUAAUAAAAGGACUAGCUCGUAAGUGGAGUAAGGAGAACCUUCAAUACAUCAUGAUGACGUGCAUUAUCUUGCACAAUUUGAUUGUUGAAGAUGAACAUGAUGAAGAUGCAGCAGAGCCAUUUGUCCGAAUGAUAUCCCAACCAGACCAAGGAAAGCAAAUUAAGAUACAUGCCAAACCAGAAAUUGACACCUAUGUUCAUCACAAUUCGCAAUAA